UACCAGCGUCUGUCGGGGGAAAAACAGUUGACAGGAGCGAGAAGUAGGCCGAACAGGAUAAACAAAGCAAAUAGAUGAAAAAUAGCUUAGACGACUUUAAUAUUUGUCAUUAUUUUUAAUGUUAAAAAUGAGUAGUGUUUUUCUAAAGUUGUGUUGGGUCUAUUAAGGCGGAAAGUUUGUCGAAAAGAGAGGGCGUCCACCUGUCGAACCGAAAAUAGGUUAACCAAGCUAACCUGCAUUAGCACGUUAGCGUGCUAGCUGGCUGUUUGAACCCGAACAGGUGUGCCAGGUGGCCCGCCAGGCAGCCAUGUCCUCCCCUUCUUCGUCGUCCAGGCGCCAGUGGUGCUACUUGUGCGACCUGCCGAAGAUGCCAUGGACCGUGGUGUGGGACUUCAGCGAGGUGGUCUGCCGCGGUUGCGUUAACUACGAGGGGGCUAACCAGAUCGAGUUCCUGAUAGCAAGCGCCCGCCAGCUGAAGCGGAGUCACGGCAUGCAGGACGGCAACGUGAGGUCGCCCGGCCCUUCUCCUAACAAACACGGCUCCUUAGCAAGAGCAGAGCCGCUGCCGGACGGCGGAAGGCAGCACGCUGAGCGCUUUGAGCGGGGAGGGAGAGGGGAAGGCGGCGGAACGGCGAUACGCGUGCCGCCCAACGGGCUCCACCGCGACGGACAGCCGCCCCAUGAGGUGAACCGCCAGAGCCCCAGCAGCAGCCGGAGACCCAUGAUCGGAGCCGCCAUCCCGCCCAAUCUGGUGUCUCAAAGCAUUGCGGGAAUGCCUGGGCUGCUUGCGGGCAUGCCAGCGGGUCUGACCGCCAGGACAGCGCCGAUGAGCAGCCCGAUGAUCUUCCCGGCGCCGGUGCUGGCUGAGAUGAGCCGCAGACAGCUGGGGAUCGGAAUCUCCUCCUUCAUCACUCCGGAGCUGGAGCGGGAGCUCAUUUCCUCCCAGGCCAAGUCCCAGACUCAGACACAGGCUGGCACCAGUGGUAGCAAGAGCACAAGCCUGUCUUCUUCGUCUUUUUCCAUGGCUGGAGGCGUGAGCCAGACGAGCCCGAAGCCCGCUUCAUCCCCGGCCAGGCAGCAACGCCCCCCGACGGCCCGGUCCGGAGCCGAGCCUCUGGGAUCCGGCAGCUCCGCGGAGGCAGCCACGACUGCUGCGGCGUUACCCAACAACGGCGCCUCCGAGCUGGGGUCGGCAUCUGUCAGCAACACCCAUCCGACCGGAAACACGCUGUCCUGCACGCUGUGCCACGAGCGGCUGGAGGACACACACUUUGUCCAGUGUCCAUCAGUGCCUGGGCACAGGUUCUGCUUCCCCUGCACCAGAGUGUACAUCCAGAGCCGGCGGGGCGACGGCGAGGUGUACUGCCCCAGCGGAGAGCGCUGCCCGCUGGAUAACUCCCCCAACAGCCCGCCCUGGGCCUUCAUGCAGGGAGAGGUCUCCACCAUCCUGGGCGUCGUUCCAGCUCCAGCGGGAUCCGCGUCAGCAGCGGCAUCCGGAGCCAGUUCGGGUUCGGGAGGUGCUCCGGCGUCUGGAUCAGGGAGCGCAGCAGCAGGCGGCGCAAGUGGAGGUGGAUCAGGAGGAGGAGACGUCACUGUUAAGAAGAGAGAGAGACGUGAUGGUGACGCGGACCGAACAGCAGCAGCAGCAGAUUUGGAUUCAGUACAAUAAGAGGUGUCUACACUGGACUGCUGAGGAACCCAGAAAAGAAACACAACAACCAACAAAACCAGAAAUCCUCCACUGCACAGGUUCUAACUCCUUCUAACUUCAGUUUAAACAUCAUCGUAACAGUUCAGAAGCUUCUGUUUUUCUUCAUAAUUUCCUUUUAAA